AUUUUGUAAUCACCAACAGAGGCGUCUAAAUCAAGGACCUAUACAGGCAGCUGAUGAUACUGCCGGCUGGUGCACUAUUCCUUUAAAAUAUAAAUAAAGCAGUAUUUUGCCGCUGCAUACAAGCUCGGAUGGAACAGAUGAUGUUUUCUUUCAAUAUAGUCAAUUUAAUUUGACGAAUGUCUGUGGUAUUUAAGGAGGAAAUGUGUGGAUUUAUGGAGUCAAAGCGUUAAAUGAGGAUCAUGGCGUUUCCGGAGGGAGAAUCACUGGAAUCCUGGCUCAACAAAGCCACACACCCGACCAACCGGCAGGAGGACUGGGAAUACAUAAUCGGGUUUUGUGACCAGAUCAAUAAGGAGUUGGAAGGUCCUCAGAUAGCUGUGAGACUCCUGGUUCACAAAAUCCAUUCUCAGGAAUGGGAAGCCCUUCAAGCUCUGACGGUGCUAGAGGCUUGUAUGAAGAACUGUGGGCGAAGAUUUCACAACGAAAUAUCCAGAUAUAGGUUUUUAAAUGAGCUGAUUAAAGUGGUUUCACCCAAGUAUAUGGGGGACAGUGUUUCUGACAAGGUGAAGAAUAAGAUCAUUGAGAUGUUGUACAGCUGGACGGUGGUGUUUCCCAAUGAGGCCAAGAUAGCAGACGCGUACCAGACGCUCAAGAGACAGGGUGAGAUGUUACGAGAGAACUUUCUCUGGUCUGUCAUGAGCGGCUGUCUGAUCGAUGUGUUUUCUUUAGGACUUGUGAAGUCGGACCCAGAGCUGACAGUGGACAAAUCCCUGAUCCCGUCCCCUCCGACACGGCCCAAAAACCCAGUGUUUGACAAUGAGGACAUGGGGAAGUUGUUGGCUGAACUUCUGAGGAGUAAAAACCCGGAAGAUCUUCAGGAGGCGAACAGACUCAUCAAAAACAUGGUGAAGGAGGACGAGGCCCGAGUGCAGAAAAUAGCCAAACGCAACAAUACUCUGGAGGAAGUGAACAACAACGUCAAGCUCCUGAGCGAAAUGCUGAGUCAUUACGACAGGGACCGAUCGUCAGACGCUGACCGCGAGCUCAUCAAGGAGCUGUAUGAGCGCUGUGAUAAACUACGACGCACCGCAUUCAAACUGGCCACCGAGGCGGAGGACAACGACUCCAGUUUGGGGGACAUUCUCAAGGCAAACGAUGAUCUGUCCCGAGUAAUCAGCUCUUAUAAACGAAUCGUAGAAGGACAGGCGGAUGACGGCGAGGGUGAAGAUCUCAGACAGGCUGCUAGUGAAGGAUGUGAGACCACGGGCACAUUGAUUGAUCUGGCUGGAUUGGAUGAACCUUCCUCUCCCCCUACCGUCGUUCCUCCUCCUCCUCUUCCUCCUCAGGUCCCGUCAGCCAAUCCCACGGCCUCGCCCAUCCCCGUGCUGCCACCUCCUCCACGCCGAUUGGCCGCCGGUCACGGCAGUCAGACGAGCAGCCCCAGUCACAAACCGCCUGAGCAGCAGACCUCCCUCUCCCUGCUGGACGAUGAACUCUUGUCUCUCGGACUGAAUGAUCCUCCCUCUGUGCCGAACAGACUGAAGUUGGAUGAACUGUCUGGUCAGUGGACGUCCUUACAGGCUCCUGAUCCGGACCUGGACCUGUUUGGGAGCAUCUCAGCUCCGAGUGCCAUCUUUCCGACAACACACACACCUGCGCAGACCUCACACACACCGGCUGUCAGUCAGGGGCUGCAGGAUCUCUCCAUGCUGGACUUUGGAGGUGGAAAGAGUGUUUCUGGUCUGACUGGCAUCGCUGGAGGUACUUUUGGUAUUUCUGGAGGUGUAAUGGGCUCCACAGCCGCCCCUCUUCAGUCCACUAACCCGUUUAUGAGUGCAGCGGGGCCUGGUUCGCCCGCUGUGGCCCGGGCUCAGGCGGUGGCGGGCGGCUCAGCUCCGGGCAGCCCUUUCUUUCAGCCCUUCUCAUCUCCAUCUCACUCGCUUCAGAGCAGCCCGGCGCGGAGCUCAGAGCCCAGCUUGUCCAACCUGUACGUCCCGCUUGAGUCCAUCAGACCCAGUAAAGUCUUACCUGUGACGGUGUACGAUAAGGACGGAGUCCGUGUUCUUAUGCACUUUGCGAUGGACUGUCCGCCGGGUCGCCCGGACGUCCUGGUCAUGGUGGUGUCGUUGCUCAACACGGCGCCGUUACCCGUGCGAAACAUAGUGCUGCAAGCAGCUGUGCCCAAGUCUAUGGGAGUGAAGCUUCAGCCUCCAUCAGGUACAGAGAUCGCGCCCUUUAACCCCAUCCUGCCCCCCGCAUCCAUCACUCAGGUCAUGCUGCUCGCCAACCCUCUCAAGGAGCGUGUGCGUUUGCGCUAUAAGCUGGCGUAUCUUCUGGGAGAGCGUCAGUAUUCGGAGGUCCGAGAGCUGGAUCAGUUUCCUCCAGCGGACAGAUGGGGCUCCCUGUAGAUCUCUCCCUUUACCUGCUCGAACUCUUUAGUGUUCAUUCCCAAGUAUUGUCAUUCAUUUGUGCUGUUUAUUUAUUUUCAAUCAGUGUUUUACUGUAGCCUUGUGAAGCAGCAUUUGAUGCUUGAUGUUUUACGCGAAAAUUCAAGCUGGAUAUUAAUACAAUAACACGAUGUCAGUGACACACAUGAUGGUCAGAAGCAGAAGCGCGUGCUUCAGAGAUUGAUCUUUUGUGUGCUGCCAAUACAGAGGUUUAUGGAAAUCAUAGUUUCUGUCAAAAUACCAUAGUAAAACAAGAAUAACUGGCACUUUCAACAAAUAGAGUACAAAGUUAUUAGAAAAUUUUAUUUAAAAAAAUUAUUAAUUUAUGUGAAAGAAGUUUAAUACAACAAACUUGACUGAAUGAUUUAUGUAUUAAUUUAGGCUAAAUUUAAAGACUUUUACCAGUGAUAUUUUAGUAUCAUUGAGAUACUAUAAUAGUUGUUUUUAAAAUAGUUUUAUUUUUGUAUUUUGUUUUCAUUUACAGUUUUAGUAACUAGUUUUUGCUGUUUUUUUGUCAUUUUUAUUACUUAAUGUUUUUUUCAUAUAUGUAUAUAGUUUUUAUUAUUUGUAUUUCACUUUUUUAGCUACUUUAGUUCAUUAAGUUAAACGAAAAUGAAAAAUGUAUGACACUUAGCUAAGUAAAAUGUUUUUAAUUUUUUUCAACUAACAAAAUGUAAAAGAAAAAAGUAAAAUGUUUUUAAGAUGUAAGUUUUAGUCAACUUUAACAACCUUGUAACCAAUUGUGGUAUUUUAUUUAGUUAUUAUAUUAUAUAUAUAUAGAGAGAGAGCGAGAGAGAGAGAGAGAAGUUUAUUCAGUUUAUAGGUGUCAUGUUUAUUUAGGGGGAAAAAAAUGAAACUAGAGUUGUAAACUGCUCUAAACAUGUCUGAAGUUUGGUAACUGUUGCAAAAAUAUAAUUAGGUGAGCAGCUCUUUUCAUUGUCUACUUGUUGAAAAAUUAAACAAAAUUGACCUUUUUCAAGCACUGUAGUAACUGUGGUAUUUUGACGUAAACUGUGGUAAAUAGUGGUAAACUCAGAAGCCGAGCUGAUCCUGAUGGUGUCACGUGACCUCGCUGCUGUCCGUGGAGAGUAUUAAACCGUGAUUUCACUCUGUUCAGACAGUUCUAGGUGUUCUCGCGCUCUUCUCAACAAGCAUUUGAACUUUGCUGUUUCUAGAGCUAGACGAUUUAUUUCAUGCAAACUUCAACUCUUGAAGUCAUGAAGCGUCAGAACGAAUGUACCUGCCGUCAAAUGUGUUUACAUGGAGCACGCUGUGAGAUUACACACAUAACGUCAGAGUAGCAUUAUGUUGUCUAUGUUGAGUUUUUAUCUGCCUGUGUUAUAGUUCAGCACUGUUUGUUUUUUGUUUUUUAUUGCUGUUAUAGGGACCCUUGGACGUUUCAGCAUUACAGUCUGUCUCAGAGAGCCAACAGCCUUUAUUGAAAAUAUUAUAUUUGUUUAUUUAAUUGUGACAUAUUUACAUAGUGUGUUUACCCGCAGGUUAUGCAACCAAGAUCUUGAUGGAGGAUGAAUUGCAUUUGAAUACGAGUUCUUCAUAAGUCAGUCAGAUUGGAUGUGUGUUGUUAGUUAUGUGGAGGCAUCAUCAGUCAGUCCUAUGAGCGUUUCGCUUGAUUGGAUUCUUUUAAGCGCUGUAGCGGAGCAAGUGAGCAUUUUAUUUAAAGGAGUCAUAUGAUGCGAUUUCAAGUUUUCCUUUCUCUUUGGAGUGUUACAAGCUCUUGGUGAAUAAAGAAGAUCUGUGAAGUUGCAAAGACUAAAGUCUCAAAUCCAA